AUACACGUAUCUAGUGUAGCCACUUCACCUAAUUGUGUUCACGCAAUCUAUGUUUUCACGCAAUCUACCCAACUUUCGUAUUUCUUGCUGAACAGUACAAGAGUACGCCGGCGGAGAUUAUUCCUUCUGUCUUGCCUCACCACUAUCACUUCUCUUUGAGAAAUCACUGCAGACUCUUCCUCUCACCGCCGUCGGCGUGGGCUAAACCGGAUUGUCAGUAGCCUACCAAUACUCUAUCUGGUGGGAAUCAUCUCGACGUGACCAUCUUCUUGAUUGUCCGUGUACCUUUUGCAAGAUUUAUCCAUAACGUGGUAAACUUAUGGCCAGGCGGUUGGACCGAGCGAUAGGCCAGGCGUGAUCAAUCAUCUGGGUCAGGAGCCCAGGUCCAACAUUCAUGAUGGAGUCCUCAAAAUCACCACCUUUGGGCUCGACCUCCACCCCUUCACCUAAGGACGUUUCGCCGGGUCGGGAUAAGCCUGACGAUGAUCAAGCAACUAAGAAACAGACCGUGAGGAAGAGGACCAAGACUGGUUGCAUGACUUGUCGGCGACGACGCAUCAAGUGCGAUGAAGCAAGACCGGUCUGUGGCAACUGUAUUAAAUCUAAACGGCAGUGCGAAGGCUAUAACCAGCGAGUAAUAUUCAAGGAUCCGCUUGGCGCUUUUGCACCAUUUGGGCCUUUGGCCUAUCCGCAGCCGUCUUCUCAAGCGCUUGUACGGGAGCAACAACUUUCGGCGGCGCAGCAAAAAUCAACAUCACCUCUCCAGAUUAUAGCACCAAAGCCACCACCAUCCGGAUACUAUCCAGGACCUGUGCCAUUAGUCAGCCCGCCCUUUCCAGGUCAGGCCCCUACUGUGAUCCCGCCCCAAGUGAAUGCCGAUCCGAGCUUCUACGGUAUACAACCGACGCCAGUCUCAAAGUAUACCUUCUUCCCCCCAGAAACUAUUGAUGCCUUCGGCCAAAACCGAUGGAGACAGGGCCCACCCCCGACAGAAACACAGUUUGAGCUCCAGCAGUUUCGCCCAAAUGAUGGCCAGAAUACUGCCGAAGUUUCCCAGCUUCUGCAGCCCCAACCUCGGCAUCUGAGCGUACAAACCGAUAAUGGUGAAAGUUAUAGACACCAUGAAGCGUACGAACCUCACAGCUUGCCACAGUUAGAUGGUAUCGACGAGGAGGAGGAAGAGUAUUCGUAUGACGAAGAAAUGGGCGAGUCAGAUAACGAUGAUAUGAUGAUCCAAGAGGGACAGUCUCAGCUGAACAUGAUCGUGUCCCAGAGGCUUAAUGACCGCUUCGACUCCUUCGACAUUCAGCCGAGAACAUUUGCACUUCACGCUGGUCAUACCAUGACAACCUAUGAGUCAUCACCUGCGAACUCACCUCUCAAUGAUAAGCAGAUAGCCGAUGUAUUCUGGCACUUUGUGAAUGUCACUGGCCCAGUAAUAUCCUUAUACGAAAGACACCCCUCUGACGGGAUGGCAUACUUGCAAGGACCUCAAGUGAAAGAGCGGCAGCAUAUCUGGACAGACACAUAUCCUGUUCUUGCGUUGAGUCACCCGGCCUUGCUUCAAGCGAUUCUCGCCAUCGGGAGUUUGCAGAUAGCCAAACUCAAGAUGGUCCCGCCAACAGCCUCGCUAAAGCAUUACCAUCUCUCAUUGAGAAGAAUCGCGCGGAACGUGGGUAAACCGUCCAAGAAGACGCAACCAUCGAACCUGGCAGCCAUCUUGCUGUUGGCCUUCUACGAAGUAUGGAACUCAGACCAUGGAAAAUGGUGUAAGCAUCUAAUAGGUGCCCAUUGGAUCAUCAAGGAUAUUCCAUUUGAAGACAUGACCAGGAAAGUCAUGGACAUCAAGCGACGCUUACGUCACAAAAAGCUCACGGCAGUGCAAAAUCCCCCAACCCCUGCGUUCGUGGGAUUCGACGAGGGACCCUUCAGCGCCUUCGGCGUUUUUGAUCAUCAUUUUGAACAGCCGUACGAUCCAUUGCAGGGCGAGUCAGAUCCGUUAUAUCACGAUUGGGAUAUGAUCGACGUGUCGUUGCUCAGCAUUCUGACUGGGAAAGUGAUUGAUCCUGACGAGCUUGGCAUGAAGCCAGAAGAACAUAGUAAAUACCCCCGAAGUCCUGGAAAGCUCACAGAAAAGGAUAUAGACCUCUAUGAAACACUGAGCGAUCUAUAUUGGUGGUAUCUCAAAAUGGAUGUCUACCAAAGCGUCCUUGGCGGAACAAGACUAUUCACGAAAUAUAACCUUUGGACGCAAUGUCUGCCGAGAGCUCCAAUCAAUCGAUCGGAUGCGAUUUAUGGAACAUUCGAUCAUCUGGUGCUGGUCUUAGGUCGCCUGACAGAUUUUCAGUCACGCGAUCUCGUCCGAAAGCGUCGUUUCUUCAAAGCCAGAGGAACAUUCGGGCCUUCGGGCGCACCUCCCGGCACUUUUCCGGGCAUGGUGCCCGCCUCAGAUCAUGUACAACAGCCGAUGGGCUUCAGUCCACCCCGGGAAGAUCCAUCCUCCCCACGCGGCGACCCUGAAGAGGAGGAUAUGGACAAACUCACUGUCCAGGCCUACCAAGAUUGGGAAAGCCUCAGGAUAGCCUUCGAGGCCUUCCAAAAUAGCCUUGGUCCAGAUUUCCAGCCGUUGGAUCAAGACUUACAUCCCAUGUCAAUGUCGCCCUUCGGCCCUGCUCUGCGUUACAGGACGUACAGCAUAGCGGGCAUUUGGAUGAACUACCUCAUGGGCAUGGUCAUUUUGCACAGAGCGCACCCGCAGAUGCCACCAGUUGCCAUGAUGGCAGCACCCAUGAGUGCCCAGCAGACUAUGCCGUACGCCUUUCAGGUUGCGCGAAUUGCCGCUGGUCUAGAAGACAAUCUGAGUAUAUUGGCGGAGGUCAGCACACUGGUCAGCGCAGCUUUGAUCGAUAGUGCGUUCUGUUUGUUCGUCGCAGGUGUACAGUACCAAGUGGACGCCCAGCGGCAGUGGCUGAUCCGGCACCUCCACGACAUUACCCGUCUGACGGGCUGGGAAUCCGCGCGCCAGAUCGCCGACGGUUGCGAGUCCGCAUGGACGCGGGCGGCGGCCAGCGGUCGGGGCGCGCCCUAUACCCGUUCGGUCGACCACGAUGCCAUCAUGACCGCCCACCUGCGUCGACCGAGCUUGUGGGGCAACCCGCGCAGGAUUGAUCAGCGCAUCCUGGAGAUCGAGGACGAGAAGUGGGUGCUCGACAAGGAGGACAAGACGCACUAUGCCCUGGGCAUCAUCGGCGUCCAGGAGGAUCUGGAGAAGCUGGAUCUGGACAGUGUGGAGAAGGAGGACGAGCAGAGUGAGAGGCGGAUCGAGGAGGCCAGGGAGAGACGGACAAGGUUGGAAAGGGAGGAAGAGAUUCGCGUGAGGUGAGAUCGGUUUCAUACACAUGACGAGUUGGAUCUUGUGUUUGGAGGCUAUGGGAUUGUAUGGUACAGGAAGAGAUCGUGGUACGGGUAUGUUCUACGGGGGAGUCCUGUAUUUCAAGGAUAGAUGUAGUUUUUUUUUUCUCCUUUUCUUCUUCUUCUACGUCUUCUUCUUUCUCCCCUUCUCAUUUCUUUCCCUUCUC